CGCAGCCGAGCCGUGACACCGUCGUGACACUAUCGCGACAGCGGCCGCUGGCAUCGUGCAGGCGGAGCAGGGCGCCUCAAACCGUGGUGUGGACCCGUGGAGCGUCACACUGGCAGGAGGAAGAAGGGUGCUGGAGUCUCCAGGCAAUGCAGGUCCCUGCGCUGAUACUGACCCUGAAAGCCCUGGGGUCUGUUAGGGAAAUUAGAGACUGUUUCUUCCUCCUGAUAAUGAUUCCUUUGUGCCAGGCAAAAAUAGCUCGGAAAUGAAGUUUCCAGUUGCUUCAAAAGCUUUCCUGCAGUGGCACCUCCAUGACGGGAGCUUGUUCCUGGCUUUUGUGAAUGUUUUCAGCAGCAGGGGAGUGGACUGAAAGAAGUUUGCUGUCUUUCAAAAAAAAAAAAAAAAAAAAAGAAAAAGAAAAAAAGUGAGCAUUAUCUGUAGUUUUCUAAAAAGUUUCCUCAUUUCUAAAAAUGAGGGAACAGCAGGAGGCAGCAGUAAUCACGAUGGGGCAUAACCAGUGCUAACACAUGCAAGCAUUCUUUCAGUCAUGAGGGUAAGUUGUUCCUAAAAGUGUGAGCUUGGGCAAUGCCUCUUUGUGCUUUAUGGUAUUAAUCACCACUGACCUGUUGUUGUCGCGGUGCUGGCUGCUGUGUCUGGUGGUUUUGUGGCUGCAAUUGGAUUUCCACUAACUUAACAGUGUAUCAGUUUAUUUGUUUACAUAUUUGCUUCAGAUACCAUAGUAACUAAACCAAAGCCUCUAGUAGUCCUUUCACUAGUUGUGGUAUAAACCAUGCUUUUAGGCAAGGAAAACAAACAAACAAACAAACAAACAAAAAAACUUGCAAAAUAUUCAUAGGUAUUCUCAGGAGUAUUGUUAUUUUUCUUUAUACAAGGGCCAUUGUUGUGUGCAGCUGGCAAAAAAAUCACACUGGCCUUACAGUUAAGCUCUCCAACGAGUGUCCAGAAAUGCAGCAGAGUUGCCAUCCUUGCAUGAGAUCAAAAUUUACGUGAAUAAAUUUCAGUGAGACACAGCUUUGAAGUCAGCACCUUCUCUGAGAGGGUGGCUAGACUACCUCUACAAAUUCCUUCCAGCCUUAUUUUUCUGUUUUCUCUUGUACGUUGUGUUCCUCCCAGGAACCCAGCAGGGCACUUUGGCCGCUGAGCCACCUAGUCCAUUCUGCAGGGAUUACAGCAUUUCUUUCUCUGGUGCAUAAUCCAUCAGGUUGAGGUAUUUGGGAUCUGCUGUGGCUUACUUACCUAGAGAAUUUACUGUUUCAAUUUGAUACUGUGUAUAUUUCCUGAAAGAGAUGAAAAAAGGACCAGAAAGUGGAACUUGGCCCCUUGCUGGAGUCCCAGGCAAGCUAGCAGAGUCAAACCCAGACAACAGCAGGAGCGGUGGAGCCUCAGCAAAGGAGAAGGCCGUGCUUUCCUCCCCUGGAGAAGCAGAAAAUGUACAGCUGAAACCCAGCAGAGAAACACCUAGAAAAAAACUCUGUGGUUAUUUAAAUAAGCUGGGCAUCAAGGGUCCCAUCAAGACUUGGAAGUCUCGUUGGUUCAUCUAUGAUGAAAAUAAAUGUCACUUACUGUACUACAGAACUGCACAGGAUGUGAACCCUUUGGGGUCUAUCGAUCUCUCCAGCGCCAGCUUUGACUGCAAGGUGGAAAAUGGUGAAGGGGUUUUUGAGAUCAGAACACCAAGCAGAGUUUUUACGUUGAAGGCAAUCAGCAAGCAGGCCAUGAUGUACUGGCUGCAGCAGCUACAAGUGAGACGUUGGGAAUUUUGCAAUGCUCCGAGCAGAUUUCCUGUGGGCAGCUCCCAGCUUGUGAAUGAACCCCUGGCUGACAGAACAAAUGUUGUCGACAGUGAGGCCUUUAUGCCUCCAGUCAAAACGCCAACAGAAGUGGUGGGUUUAAAGGCAGCCUCUCUGCCUGCACCCCAGACAUCUACUGCUUUGCAGAACAUCUCCCUGAAGCACCCUUGGACAGAGAUACAAAACACUGUCUACAAUAUCUGUGUCUCCAAGCAGCUCCGGGGGAACAAUGGGAAUAUCUUCAACUUCAGUGAAUUCCAGGAGAACCCUGAGAGCCUGGAUGAGGAGCAAGAGGCCGAAGUGGAGGCAGGGUGUGCAGUUAAGGAGGAGAUCCCGGAGGAUGGGAGGCUGGAGUCUCGGAUGAACUGGGUCCGGAAAGCCAAGUGGAUGAACAGUGGCUUCCUAGGCUUGGCUGAGGAGCUGUCCAGGGAGAGGAGCUCAAUGGAUAAAGUGAGUGUGCUGCAGCAACAGAUCCUGACGCUCACGGAGGAAGUCAAGUCACAGAAGGAGCUGGUUAAACUUCUCCACAAAGCCCUGGAGGCGGCCCAGCAGGAGAAGCGAGUAUCUAGCAUGUAUCUCACUGCAGCAGAAGAUAAGGACAGGCUGGAGCUGGUGCGCCACAAAGUGCGACAGAUUGCUGACCUCACCAGUCGGCUGGAAGCUCUUGAGAAGGAGAAGAAAGAGCUCGAGCAGAUGCUUGCGCUGAGAGACAGCCACAUUCAAGAGCUCAAAGAACACGUGCAGCAUCUGAUGGAGAAGAACCACGCCAAACAAGAAGUCAUCAUGGCCUUGACAGAGCAGAUGGCCCGAGAGCUCUCUGAUCCCCUGCAGGAAGCCAACACAAUCACGGCCGAGACGUUGUAUAAGCAGCAGGAGGAGAUUGAGCAUCUGAAGGACGAUAUUGAUGCAUACAAAACCCAGAACCAGUUUCUCAACUCGGAGAUCCACCAGGUUACCCGGCUGUGGACAAGCGCUGCUGAGAAUGAAAAAGCCCUUCUGAUGAAGUGUGCCUGCCUGCAAGCCCGAAACUGCCAGAUGGAGAGCAAAUACCUGACAGUCUUGCGGAAGCUGCAGGAGACCGUGCCUGGCCUGCCCAGCUCCGAUGCUGAGCUGGUGAGGAACCUCAUCCAGGAAGCGCUCCAGUGGGAUGUGAAGGAGGGAGCAGAAGAAGGUCUGAACCUGAACCCUGUGAGCGAGUACGAUGAGUAUGGGUUUAUGACUGUGCCUGACUACGAAGUCGAGGACUGGAAACUUCUGGCCAAAAUCCAAGCCCUGGAGAUCAAGUCCAACAACCUGCGGAGCCAGGAGGUGGUGGAGAAGCCCCUCCGUGACAGGUGGAACGGCGUAGGGGAGCUGAGCCCCUCUGCAGAGCUGAAGGGCCUCAUUCGAAGCGGCAUUCCUGUGGAGCAUCGGCAGCGGGUCUGGAGGUGGAUUGUCAGCCGGCACUGCAGCCGCCUGCCAGACCACUACCAGCGGCUGCUGAGGCAGAGCAAGAGCACCGAGCACCCUGCCUGCAGGCAGAUUGAGCUUGACCUGCCCCGGACACUGACCAACAACAAAUAUUUCUCCUCUCCCACCUCCCAGCUCAUCCCCAAGCUCCGGAGGGUGCUGCUGGCAUUCUCCUGGCACAAUCCUGCCAUUGGGUACUGCCAGGGAUUGAACAGGUUGGCAGCUGUUGCCCUGCUGGUCCUGGAAGAUGAGGAAAGUGCUUUCUGGUGCCUCGUUCACAUUGUGGAGAACCUGAUGCCAGCAGACUACUACAGCGACACACUGAUAACAUCACAGGUAGAUCAGAGAGUCUUCAAAGACUUCCUGGCAGAGAAGCUGCCUCGCCUUACGGCUCAUUUCGAGCAGCAUCAGAUUGAUGUCUCCCUCAUCACCUUCAACUGGUUUCUGGUGGCCUUUGUGGACAGCCUGGUCAGCGACAUCCUCCUGCGAGUGUGGGAUGCCUUCUUGUAUGAAGGAACUAAGGUGAUUUUCCGCUAUGCUCUCGCAAUCUUUAAAUACAACGAGGAGGAAAUCCUGAGGAUUCAUGACAAUGUGGAGAUUUACCAGUACCUGCGUUUUUUCACAAGGAUGAUCGUGGAUGGCAGGAAGCUGAUGAACAUUGCCUUCAAUGAGUUAAACCCCUUCCCCAUGAAGCUGCUGAGGAACCGGCGGACAAUGCACCGGGAAGAGCUGGAGACAGAGCUGUGUGAGCUGGAACAGAUCAAGGCAGCCUACGUCAAAGAGAGAGCAGAGCAGGGGCCUCAGGACCUGCAGGACGCUGUCAGCGAAGAGGAAGAAGAGAUUUAGCAGAAACAGAGUUUGUCUCCGAAAGCAGCUGUCGGUAAGAGAUGGAGGCAGCACAGGUGAUCACAGCAGGAGUUCGUCUGCCCCAGGAAGCAAGGCUAUAGGUACAGGACCAUUUGGGGAUUGACCCAGGCUUUGUGAUGAUGGAAGUGGUAGAGGAGCUUCAUCCUCUCCUGUACUUCUCCCCCUCCUGCCCGCCCUGUGCCGUGCAAUGCUGGACUGCAGCUGGAGAUCUGCAGGAGGUACCAGCAGUACCAGCACCCUGACGGGCGCUGGCAUGGUGCAAGUGACCCAGCCAGGCAGGGCUUUUCCACCUUUUCUGAUGGAGGCUUGAAAGAGAUCUUUCUGUACACGUAAAAUCACCAGAAAAAACAAACAAACAAACAAACAAACAAAAAAAAAAACAAACAAAACAAAACAAAACAAACAAACAAACAAACAAAAAAAAAACACAUAAUCUGAGAACAGUCCCUCACUGGUACCCAAAGCUGCUUAGUUGGUGAGGAGGGGACCUGCUCUUUGAACACAUCAGAGUCUAUCCUGCCAGGAGAGCAUGCCUUUAACGUUGCAGCCACUGGGUCACGCCACACUCCCCGGGUGACUGCUGGGGCUGAGGAAGGCCUGGGAGCUGGAGGACGUCUUCCCGUGGGGCUCAGACUGGGACAAGUGAAAUGAGGUGUGGGAGGGUGGAGCCGCCUCUCCAGUUCAUUUCAGUUCCUGCGGGAGCCCACGGGAGCACAAGGUGUGUCCUCUGCCCGACUGGGAAAUUCUGGGAGGCGCUUCUCCUCUCUGUUGGGAUCUGAGCAGAGCCAUCCGUGGUUUCUGGUGGCCUUUGGCUGGACCCCUGCACUGAUGUCCCUGUCUCUGUGUUCAUAAUCCACAUGAUUAUGUUCCUUCUGACUUGAACGCUGCAAGGUUUUGAAGGGGAUCCCUCUUUUCUCUUUGCUGUGCCCGAAUUUCCAGUGCUGGUGGUGCUCUGACCCCAUGGGGUACAGCGCUCUGCAGGUGGAACCUUUUGGACAAGGUCACAAAAGUAAAAAACAUUAAUAUUUCCUGAACAAGCAGCUGGCCUCCAUGUGUCAAGUGCAUGGAGACGCCCUGCCUGAGCGAAUUACACCCCACUUACCCCUCCUGUGCUGCAAGACACCUGUGCUGGAGGAGGAAGGGGAAGGAGGCACUCACAGCCCUGGCCUCUGCUCAUGCUCACCUGAGACAGGUUGCUUGCCUCAGCUCUACCCCAGACACUGCUGGGCCAAUCAGCCAGGCUCAAAAAUGAUAAAGCCUGAGUUUGCGGAGACCUCUAGAGGCCGAUCGCACCGCGUGGACGUAACCCAAGUGGAGAUGAGGCUCUGGGGAGGCUGGGAGCCCUGCAGCAGGUUAGAGGGGCAGGAGUGGGGUAAAUCCACCGUGUGGCAUCAACAUCUGCUCACACUGAGAGCUUGGGGUGAGAAGAAAAUGUUACUCGAGUCCUUCCACAGUAUCUCAAACAGAAACACUGCUUUCAAAAGGAUGCCGUGUAGCUAGAGAAGCUCAGAAGGUUUUUCUUUACAGGUCUUACUGCUAAUCCAAUUAAUGCAUACUGAUGUGUGUAUGCAUGUGCACACAUACAGGGUGCUGUUACAGAGUUUUGAGAGGCAUUCUCUCUUAAAUCAAGACAUGGAAAUUAGGACCACACUUACAACUGUAUUUUUUUCAAGAGCCUUUUGCAGCAGCUGAUUUUUUUCUUUUCCUUCCAUCCUGUCCCUACAUUCUUUAAAAAAGGCACUUAAAACAUGCAUUGUCAGACCAAACCCUAGUCUGACAUGUCUGUGCGGUGUAUGAAUGCGCACUGGUCUAUUUGUGUUACAUAAUGACCUAUAAAAAAUAAAUUAAACUUUUCUAAAGAA